AUGAGCUCGAGUCCAGACAAAGACAAAACUCUGACGAUGGACACCCACAGCAGCGCGAACCCACUGCUCCAGCAGCUGCCAGCGCUACAGCAGAUAGCCUUGGGUCUGACCCCAGCCGGAGGUACAGGCCUCAUAGUACAGAAUCAGUUUGGGCAGCAGGCAGUGAUCCCAGUUUCCUCAGGUAUACCCAGUACUGGACUGUCGCUGUCUUCCCAGGAUCUGCAGCAGUUUCUUCUCCAAAGCCAGCAGAUGAAAGGGGUUAUGUCCCCACCCAGUGGCCAACAGCCGCAGUUUGCUCACAUUUUAAACCUCAGCUCAGAUUCUCGAGACACCAAACCAUUGUACCUAACAAACACAGCUGUAUCAAAUGCAUCGCCGGUCAGCUCACCAUCCCUACGGCCCAUUGGUACAUCAGCACCAACUUACUCAGCCUGCACAUCAUCAUCCUCCUCCUCCUCAGCAGCACAUCUACAGACUCUGCAGGCAUCACCAAUUUCCCAGGCUCUCAGCCAGAUGUUGCAGGGGGCGCAGACCGUCUCAAUGAUACAGGGUGGUCAACUACAGCAGUUUCUCUUGGUCAGUCCAUCGCAGCUGGGUCAGUUGGCCAUGCAGUCACAGCUGUUAGUUCCAAAUCAGGGUACAAUGCCACUAUUAUCAGCUGGCAACCUGGCCAUGCUCACACAGCCGGUCACCACCACAUCACAGCAGCAACAGCAGGAGCAGCAGCUACAACAGCAACAGCAGCCAGAAUCACCAGGAAGACUGCCAGAGCAAAGUUCUCCCUCUGGACAAGACAGUCCAAGGGAGAACUCUCCAGUUCUGAUGAAUACCGGCGAUGUCAUGGAGGAAUCCAUGACCAUCGACCUGGAGGAGCUGGAGUUGUUUGCCAAGACAUUUAAACGAAGGAGGAUUGAACUGGGUUUCACACAGGGUGAUGUUGGCUUGGCCAUGGGUAAGCUGUACGGCAAUGACUUCAGCCAGACGACCAUUUCCAGAUUUGAGGCCUUGAACUUGAGUUUUAAGAACAUGUGUAAGCUGAAGCCUCUUCUACAUAAGUGGCUACAGGAUGCAGACCUCAUGGCACGCAAUCCCACCCCGCUGUCCCCAGGCAGUGUAGCUGGUGAAAGUGUGGGCAGGAGGAGGAAAAAGCGAACCAGCAUAGACACAGCCAUACGUGUGGCUCUAGAGAAAAGCUUUCAGGCCAACCCCAAACCGACCUCAGAGGAUAUCACGCUGAUUGCUGAUUCCCUCAACAUGGAGAAAGAGGUUAUCAGAGUGUGGUUCUGCAACAGACGUCAAAAGGAGAAGCGUAUUAAUCCGCCCAGCUCUAGCUUCAUCCAUAGCCAGCGGAUUCAGCUGAGUGCAGUAGCGGAGGGCAACUCUAACGGAACCUGUAAAACAAAUGGAGAUGAUGGCGGGAUCACCUCCCAGCAGGAGCAUAUCAACCAUUUAUUCAAACAGCACCAGCAGAAACAGCGUUUGCAGCAGCAUUUUGUAGCAGAGCUGGCAGACGCCACAUCACCAUCAUCACCUCUGUCACAACAGUUUUCUGACAGCACCAUCCUCAUCACUAGCAGUGGUACUACGGCCAGCAGUGACAGUACUCAGUCUUCCAGCAGCAGUACCUUCUCCACAAUGCCGUCCUCUAUUUCCAACGGAAGUUUGCUGUUUUCACCAUCAAUUCUGUCUGAUCACACCACAGCCAACCAUGUUGCCACCACAGAUGCCUCCCUCACUUCCCUGGAUCAGAAACCUUGCAGCCUUUCCUCAGCCAGCACACAGCUUCAAACUUCAGGCAUUCUGGCCUUCAAGUCUCUACCUUCUUCGCAUCAGCUGAGUUUAUACCCAGUCACAGCUUCCGCUUUGUUGAAAAGUGGGCCUGCUUCAUCCAAUGGGCCAUCAUUGCAACUCUUUUCUCAUCUCUCCUCUAAUGGUGAUGCUUGA